AUGUAUGUCUUGCUCGACGCACGGAACGGGACCGCGCUGGACCUUUCCGGUGGGGAUCAGAAGACAUUGAUCUGUCUCCCUGCGCACAUGGGGCCGAACCAACAAUGGGAAUUUAUUCCCAGUGGCAAAGGAUACACCAUUCGUAGUGCAUGUGCGUCCUCGCGGGGGCUCUAUCUGACACUGGAGGACAUAUAUGACAAUGCGCCGAUCGUUGCAAGUCCCUUCCCCGCUAGCUGGAAUGUCCAAAUCGAUGAAAAGGAGGAAACUCUACGUAUCUCGUGGCCAAACACGGAAUAUGUGAUGGACUUGAUUGAUUGGGGGAAUGCGGAGCCAGGAGCCAAGGUGAAGCUGAUGAAAGAGAAGCCCGGAGAGCGUUGCCAGACAUGGAGGUAUAUACGGUGCAGACCAGCCGAAGAACAAGGGGAGAAGGUGGCCGAGAGCACAUCAAAGCCGAUCAUCUCGGAGACAGUCAUCGUGGCAGAGGGGAAAGACUUCAUCACAACGACGAGGACGACUACGACGACGCUGAUCACGACAGUCACGACGGUGGCUCGGACGGCGCGCUGA